AUGCCAGUUCCAGAGAGAGAAAUCGGUGGGGCGGAAAGCAGAGAUGUCGGUGAUGCUUCAAUAGAUGAAGUGCCUUCAGGUGGUGCUAGAGCACCUGCAGUGGGUGGAGGCAAGGAUCUACUAGACUUGAACGACCUGCUUGAUGCUCCCGCGUCGCAGCCCUCUGGUCCAGCUCCUGUGGCACCCAGCGGUGGAGGUGGUGCAGGGGACCUUCUCGACCUUCUCGAUGGGGGUGCUGCUGCAGCCCCUGCGCCAGCUUCUGGCGGCGCUGGAGGAGGAGGAGAUCUUGGGCUCCUCGACAUCUUUGGGGCGGGCGGUGCAGAGCCUGCACCAGCACAGGCGCAGGACGCCGCUCCCAUGGUGGCCUACGAGAAAAACGGCUUGAAGGUCACCUUCUUCCCACGCAAGGAGGCCAACGGUUCCGUCACAGUAUUGGCCAAGUUUGCGAACUCGCUGAACGUGCCGAUGACCAACUUCAACUUCGAGGCAGCAGUGCCGAAGUACUGCACUCUGAAUAUACAGCCAGCCACAGGUCAAGUUCUACCGCCGCAGACCGACGAUUUGGUGACGCAGACCAUGAACUGCGUGAACUCCACCAAUGGCGAGAAAGGCUUGCUGAUGAAGCUAAGGAUCGGAUACGUAUGCAACGGCACCCCUGUGCAGGAGAUGGGUCAGGUAGGAGGCUUCCCUCCAGGCUACUGA